CUCUCUCUGUUCAGUGUGGAGAGAGAUCUGCGCAAAACACAACCCAAAUAGGGGUUUUCUGCUCAAAGCCAGCUGGUCUGGCUUUAUUUCUUUUGUCUUUUUUUCUCCCUUUCUUCUUUUCCCUGUUGUCUUUCUUUUCCGUUUUUUACCCGAAACUGGUGAAUGUUUGAUUGACCUGGCCCACAGCAGGUGCUGGAGGGUGUAUCUUCCUGGAGAAGACGGUAAACGGCGCUGGUGCCAAAGAAAAAAGGGCCCUGGAACCUGGGAAGACGUUGCCCAUGAAGUGCUGAACUGCAGAGCAGAAGAUAGACGGAAGGAUCUGAGGUUGAAGGUUUGACAGAGGGAGACGCGCAUGUGUGGAUUAGUGAAUUAGCUUACAGCUACAGGGAGAGCUGGUUAGAAGCCUCUGGCUCCUGCAUGUGUCUGGACUCUAGCCUUGCCGUUUGCUCUCACGUCAGGGAGCGAAUGACGGAGGCUGUGAAUUGAGAGUAGCGAGUAUCGAAGAGAAAGGUCGCCUUGAGGAUUCUCAAGAAGAGUGAAAGAAGAACGUUUAUUACCUUGGGGAGUGCGGAGAAGAGAAGACGGGGACGAUGGGGAGGAAAAAGAUUCAGAUUGCCAGGAUUAUGGACGAACGCAACAGACAGGUGACGUUUACGAAAAGGAAGUUUGGUUUGAUGAAGAAGGCCUACGAGCUGAGCGUACUGUGCGACUGCGAGAUCGCCCUCAUCAUCUUCAACAGCACCAACAAGCUGUUCCAGUACGCCAGCACCGACAUGGACAAGGUCCUGCUCAAAUACACCGAGUACAACGAGCCCCACGAGAGCCGGACCAACUCUGACAUCGUGGAGACUCUGCGGAAGAAGGGCUUAAACGGCUGUGACAGCCCCGACAUCGACGCUGAAGAUUCGGUCUGCCACAGCCCGGACUCCGAGGACAAGUACCGUAAGAUCAACGAGGACAUCGACCUCAUGAUCAGCAGACAGAGGCUGUGUGCUAUCCCCCCCUCUAACUACGACAUGCCAGUAUCCAUCCCCACCAGCAACCCCAACAGCCUGAUCUACGGCCACCCGGGCGGAUCCCUGGGCAACCACAACCUCCUGCCACUGGCCCACCCCUCCCUCCAGCGGAACAGCAUGUCCCCCGGGGUCACGCAUCGCCCGCCCAGUGCAGGAAACACAGGUGGCCUUAUAAGCGCAGACCUCGCCAACAGUGCAGGCACCAGUGCUGGAAACGGGUAUGGGAACCACCGCAACUCCCCCGGGAUGCUGGUGUCCCCAGGCAGCAUGAACAAGAACCUGCAGGCCAAGUCUCCCCCGCCCAUGAACCUGGGCAUGAGCAACCGCAAGCCGGACCUGCGUGUGCUGAUCCCCCCCGGUGCCAAGAACACCAUGCCCUCCAUCAACCAGCGGAUAAACAACUCACAGUCUGCCCAAUCCUUGGCUACCCCUGUGGUUUCUGUAGCAACGCCAACUCUACCAGGACAAGGAAUGGGAGGGUACCCAUCUGCCAUUUCCACUUCAUAUGGUACUGAAUACUCUCUGAACAGCGGUGACCUGUCUCUGACGGGCUUUAACAGCUCCGGUGGCCUGCACUUGGGCUCCAUGACAGGCUGGCAGCAGCAGCACCUGCAGAACAUGCAGCACUCUGCCCUGGGCCACUUAGGAAAUUGCACUAGCACUCACUUAUGUCAGAGUUCAAAUCUCUCCCUGCCUUCUGCUCAAAGCCUGCACAUCAAGUCCGAACCUGUUUCUCCUCCUAGAGAGCACCCCGGGGUCACGCCCGCGGGGUACCCGCCCCAGCACGCCCCGUCGCGCCAGGACUCUGGCCGCUCGCCCGUCCACAGCCUGAGCAGCUGCAGCAGCUCGUACGAGGGCAGCGACCGCGAGGACCACAGGACCGACUUCCACUCGCCCCUGGGCCUGAUGCGGCCAUCGGCGGAGGAGCGGGGGAGCCCGUCCGUCAAGCGCGUGCGCCUGGCCGAGGGCUGGGCCACAUGAUAGAGCCGGCCUCUCCCGCCACGCCGCCCGCCCCCUCCCUCCCUCCCUCCCUCCCUCCCACGCUCGCUCCCUCGCUCGCUCGCCCCGGUCGCCCCCCUCCCCCCCCCCCCGCCCCGCCCCGCCCCCGCGUGUUCGCUCCAGGAAGGGGCUCGCCCCGUUUUUCGAAAAAUUUUAAGUUUGGUUUAUUCACUUAUUUUGCGCUGAGUGUGUGUGCUGUUCAUGUUAAAGUGAUAUAAAGAUGUAUUAGCCGGACUGGGUGGUGUCGGGGAGGGGGGUGGGACAGGGGUAUAGGGAAAUGGGAGGGUGGUGGGAGGGGAGGGAAGUGCAUUAUUUGUGUGGACAAAAAAACUAUAUUCAUACAUACGGAGACGUAUGUGUUUAUAUAAAGAAAUAAACAAAAAAAGGUCAGGUACUCUUGUUUUGUAAAACUACUCUCAACUUCAGUGAUAUGGCGUAAUUAAAUGAGUGAGUGGAUGAAUACAUUGCCAAGUCUAAAAGUCGAGCACUUGAGGUGUACAAGUAAUACUUCUGUACAGCUUAGCUUUUCUUUUACUCAUUCUUUUUUUGCCAUCGUCUUUUCUUUGCAGUGCUCUCUUGCAAAAUGUAUGUUACAUUAGAUAAUGUCAUGUUGCAGGUUCAACGUAUUUAUGUACAUAGAGGGCCAGGGAGGGGAUUCAAAGUCACUAGGCUUAUUUACAAAAAGAGAAGAUAAGCUGAUAUGCAACGAUUGAAGAAUCAUACAGGUAUACCUGCAGACCCAGAGCCUGGACCUUUGACAAAUAUUUCCCCUCAAAGUAUGGAGCUAAUUCUCAAUCAGAACUCAGUAAAAGUGGACCAUACUUUUAUUUAAGAGCCAUGUUAGAUAAACACACAAAAUUCAGGUCUUGCAUUACGUAAUCAGAAUAAGAAACAUGUACGAUACAUUUUGCGUAUAUUUUCGUAAAAAAGGAAUAAAAUGCAAAGCAUUUGUGGCUUUUUGUAGUUUAUAUAAGCCAGAAUGUGUUUUUGAUAGCUUUGCUAUUAUAUGAAAAGCCUAGGAGACAAUAAAUUACAUGGGUUUUUGUAUAGAAAGCACUACCCUAAGCCAUGAAGACAGAGACUAAAACCCAUGCUUUGCUGAACAAAUAACGGUUUUCUCUUUGUAGAGGUUUUUGUUUUUAAAAUGUAUUUCUUAUUAUAUAUAAUAUUAUUAAGAAUCUUUAAAAAAAAAAUCUGUGAAAUUAACAUGCUUGUGUAUAGCUUUCUAAUAUAUAAAUAUAUAAUAAUGGUCAUAGCAAACAACGUUUUAUCUUAUUAUUAGUGGGGUUAUGUAUGUGCAGUAGCACGUGCUGUUCUGUUUGAAGGCUAACAGAACUAUUCAGGGGUAUGUUUAAGUUUAACCUAACCAGCUACAAUGAUCCGCCAGUAGACCUAUUCACAGGUUAUCUGUAUCAUCACAAGACCUCUUUACAGAUGAUAACAUAUCAUGGGAACUGGCUGGCUGUUCCCAUGCACGGAAAUGCAACACUCCCAUGUGAACAUUGAAGCUUGAACACACUUUUGUGUGCCUGUUUGGUGAAAAGAAAACGUAAAAGUCACACUUCGUUGAAACCAAAGUGUUAGAAUUUCUACCAAAUACCACGGGUGAGGCAUGGCGGCGGGGGUUUGUCCUAUUUUAAAUAUUUUGGCAGGAUAUUGUAUAUUUAGUGCCCAAACCUUUCGCCUCCACCCCCUUACUCGAGUUCGGGAUAGUGUUUGGUCAAGCACCAUCCCAAACGAGCUGGAGCUCGAAUUGGAGUCGGAUGAAAAGCGAUGUGCGAUUUAACCUCGAGAAAUGGAAAUUUUGAACUAUUGAAAUCGCAUAUUUUAUAGCGUUUGUAACCUUGACGGUUUUACUUUCCUUUAUUUUUUUUAGUUGUUGUUAAUGUUGUGGCUGUUGUUCAGAAUUUGGUCCAUGUCAAAGUGUGAACGGGGGAAGUGUUGUAUCGGUGCAUGGCCUGAGGAGUGAGACAGCUAGACAGGGUUCCUCUUUCCCCAGGCAAAUGUGACUUGAAAUUACAGCAUAGCGAAACGAAAUGAUAGGAAGCCCGCAAGGAGAAGCACAAUUUGGGAUUUUGACACGUCACUUUUUUAUACAAAGCUAGGCAUCUCUCUCUGCGUCAUUAUACUGGAUCUGCUGUUACUUAUGUUACAAUGUUAAGGUUAUUGCUAUCAAUGCUAUGUGCAGUUAAUAUGAGGUUACCGUGUUAUACCGCAUGCACGCAGUCAGAUUUAAGGGGCAGAGCCCUAAAAGUUUUUAUGUUCUAUGUCUGUUAAUUUUUCUAUUAUUGUCAAUGAAACAACACAAUCGUCAGUACAGACAGUUAAGGCAACAUCAGCAUUUUAUGUGAAACCAAAACCAGUGGCUUUCUCCAUGUUGUAACAUUGCGCUUCAAUUGUGUGUUGUUUAGAGAACACUAAUGAUGAAGUGAUAUCAGAUAUCAAAAUUUGAAUGGUUAUUUAGGAGUUUUUAAUGAUUGUUUCAGGGAUAUGUAAUGCAUCACCUUGGGGAAAACAAACACACAAAUCUGAUUCAUAUAUAGUGUGGUUGUAGAGUAAGUUUAUAUAUUAUUUGAAUUCCCAAACUAACCUUUUUUUUUUGCUUGUUUGGAGGUGUUCACUUAAAAUAUAUCAGUAACACCACUGAUACCUGUUACAACAAAUAAAGCUGUCAAUAUUUUUGAUUCUCCAGUCACUGGGCUAAAAUUAUGAAAACUGAUUUGCCUAAACUACCUGUGGGGUUUGCUAUUUUCAGUAACACGUUAUAAUAUGGCUCAGUUAUAAAGACAUAAUAAAGUAUUAAUAACUACUGACAUAUUAAAUAUUGCUUUUACUGUUGUAAUAACUAUAAUAAAUGUUGGUUUAUGUGUCAUUAGUUACCCCCAACAUAUUGCAGCAUUAUUUUCCCAAUCUGGCAACACCGGUCUCUAAAAACACAUAUAAUUCUGGUAUUAACAUUUGGCAAACCAUCAGUAAUUUGUUAAUGAUGUACAAUUUAGUUAUUGCUACUUAAUUAUGGACUUAUAACAGCACCAUAUUAAAAAAAUCUUACCCCAUUCUCUGUAACAAAACAGGUCAAUAAUGUCACAUCUGCUAUGUGGCUUCCCUGGGCUCUCAGAGAUACUUAUCAGAGUACUGUUUCUUUUACCGGUAAAGAGCUUCAAAGGGUUAAGAUAAUGGAUUUUGUUCAUGUUUUUUUAACCAAAGACAUGGAGCAAUCCUUCAAUCCUUUGAAUCCUUCUGAUAUGUAAAGCAGUGCUUCUGUAAUCAUUCAAUUUUUUAAUUUCUUUUUUUUUUUUGCAAUUGGAUCUGCUAGUUCUGUCCUGAAAUCUGUUUGUACCUCAUAUUGACCCAUACAGUACCUCAAAUGCUCAUUAUUGAUUCAAUUCUGUGUAAGAACAGUGAUGACGACCACAGUGUUUCUAAGGCAUUGCAUAACAGCAUUGUAUUGGUUUAUUAUAUCAAUCACAUAAUCCACACACAGUUCUAGGAUUGCUUCAACAGUUUGUCUGUUUUAUUCAGUUUUAUUCCGGAAAUAAAUGUUGUUUCUAUUCAUAAUAAUUCACACAAAAUACAUUUAAAAAAAAAAAAAAACUGUAGAAACAAUGUAGCUUGUAUAAAACCUGAAAUGGGGAUUGUCUGAAUUACAUGUUUGAAACUUUAAAAAGAGGCUUACAGCGGCAUAAGCUGGCCUUUGUCGCCACUUGAAGACAAGAUGUUAUUAUAUGAAACCACAUCUCUGUAUCUCAAGGGACUUCAUUCAGCUGUCUGUAGUGAAUAAGAAUAUGGAAAUAAAGAUUCUCUUGUUGGAAAAAAGUUAUUUGUAUUUUGCAGACAAUUCAGUAAAUUUACUGGCUUUCGUAGUUA